AUGACGUGUGUAUUCACAGUGCAUAGGUUUGAGAAGCCAAACCAAACAGCAUCAUCACUUUUUCCCCCCAUAAUAAAAUUGAUUGCUCUUGAACUACUCUCCGCUUUUUUAUUCUGUAUUAACACUCAAUCCUACUGA